CAGGCACACUUGGCAAGGCCGAAGUGCUGCUGGUUUUGAGUGUGGAGCAUUUUAAAGGUCAUCUGCACCUUCUGACUGGGAAAAGAUGGUCAACGUCUUGAAAGGAGUGCUAAUAGAAUGUGACCCUGCCAUGAAGCAGUUCCUGCUGUACUUGGAUGAAUCAAAUGCCUUAGGGAAGAAGUUCAUCAUUCAAGACAUUGAUGACACUCAUGUCUUCGUUAUUGCAGAGUUGGUUAACGUCCUCCAGGAGCGAGUAGGUGAAUUAAUGGACCAAAAUGCUUUUUCUCUUACCCAGAAGUGAAGAUACUCAAUAUUGAUCACUUAGGAAUUACAAGUAACAAAUGUGAGAGACGGUCACCAUUCAGUGUCCUGUGUGACAGAUGAGACUUAGUGGCUUAGGCAUAUAUCAUGGGAAACCUGUGAUGUUGUUUGUUCAGAAAAAAGUCCCUGAACUGAUUUUGUUGUUUUUUUUCCCCAGUACAUGUACCCUAGAAUUUAAAAAAAAGAAAGAAAGAAAAAAACUUCAGUGGUUGUCUGUAAUUUGGCUUUUAUUAUCCUACAUUAAAAUAUAAAUGUAAAUGGU